AUGGCACCGAGGCCACGCAGGCCGCUGGUAUCGCUUGAGGCGCAGCUUCAGCAGCUCACCCUCUUUAGCGACCUCGACGCAGAGGGCGAGAACCUCGAGCAGCUCGGCCCCAUCAUCAAGAGCCUCGACGAGGCCAGGCAGCAGGACGCCUUCCUGCGCCACCUGAAGGCCUUUGUCCGGCAGAAGGACGACGAGAUCGAGACCGUCUGCAACGCCAACCACCAGGACUUUGUCUCUGCUGUAGACAAGCUCCUCCGUGUCCGCUCGGGCACCGUCAGCCUUAAGCACCGCAUCGGAGAGCUCAACGAGGACGUGCAGGCUGGCGGCCAGUCACUCGGCAACAAGAAAAAGCAACUUCUCGAGACCAGGCGCGUCGGCCAGAAUGUCGACGAGGCCAUCGAGACGAUCCAGGCCUGCCUGCGCGUGCUCGACCUGGCCAACCGCAUCGAUAGCCUGAUCCAGGCGAGAAAGUACUACUCUGCACUGAGGUCGCUCGAGGAGCUCGAGACGAUCCACCUCAAGGCGGUCCUGCACCACGAGUUUGCCAAGCACAUGAUGGAGAGCAUACCGCAGAUGCGCGAGCAGGUGCGGCAGGCGGUGACGAGAGAGAUGAAGGAGUGGCUUUACGAGGUCCGGGAAAAGAGCCGCACCGUCGGCCGGCUCGCCCUCGACGCCAUGGAGGCGCGGCAGAAGCGCUGGAGGAUCAAGAGCCAGCGAGACGCCAUGCUCAGCCUGGCCAAGGUCAACUCGGCCAUCGAGCUGGUGGUCAACGAGAGGGUCGAAUACAACUUCGUCGAAAACGAGCACGUCAAGAUCGACUUCAAGCCGCUGUACCAGUGCAUCCAUAUCUACGACAUCAUGGACAUGCGCGAGCAGCUGCAGGCAAACUACCAGGAGGACCGCCGGGCGCAGGCCAACCUGCUGCUCUCGCAGGGCCUCUCGUUCCACCCGUCGAACCCGACGUUCCCGGCGCUGCUCGAAGAGGUGGUGGGCUUCUUCAUCGUCGAGCACCACGUGCUGCAGACGUCGCCGCCGGGCUUCCGCGCCGACCAGGAGGUCGACGACCUGUGGGACAACAUGUGCGAGCGCGUCGUCGACAUUGUCAGCGUCGGCCUGCGCGACUGCAAGGACACCAAGGUCUACGUCAGCACCAAAGCGGCGGUGCAGACGUUCAUCCAGACGCUCGAGGGCUACUCGUUCACCGUGGCCAAGCUCAACGCCCUGCUGCUGACGCUCUUCGAGCGGUAUGCCCAGCUGCUGCGCGAUCGCUUCUCGGCCGACUUCCAGCAGGCAAUGCGCGAGACCGAGCACCAGCCCAUGGUGGUCAACAACGCCGACGAGCUGACCAAGGUGCUCAACGUGUGCUGGCUCAAACCCGGCGACGCCGACAGCCUCCGCUCGCAGGGCUUCCCGCUCUCGCUCCCCUUCUCGCAGACCUACCCGCUCUGCUGCAUGGACAUCCGCAACCUGGUCGACCAGUACUACACCUUCUCGGACGGUUUCUCGCAGCACCACCGCGACAUCGACGACAUCCUCAAAAAGUCGCUCGACGAGCUCCUCAUCCAGCAGGUCAGCAACGGCAUCCGGUCGAGCCUUGAAAAGACGCCCAACCUGUCGCAGAUUGCGCAGAUUGUCGUCAACGCCGAGCAUUUCAAGCUGGCCUGCACCGAGCUCGAGGGUUUGCUGGCGGCGCUGCGGGCGCCCCACCGCGGCGGCAAGCUGCGGCUCGACGCGUCGGUGCACUUUGCCACGACGCUGAGCCUGGCGCAGCAGCGCAUCGACUCGGCGCUCGCAUCCAAGCUGGACCAGUUCAUCGGGCUGGCAGAGUACGACUGGACGCCCGCCCGCUCGCGCGAGCCGGGCCAGCAUGCGGCCUACCUCCAGGACGUGCUCGACUGGCUCACGACGAUGAUGGACAGCGUCCUCAUCCUCCUCCCGCGCGACGUCAAGAUGAACGCCUACCGCGCGGCGUUCCGGUACAUGGCCGACCAGCUGCUCAACGACCAGCUGCUCGGUCGCGACGAACCGAUGUGCAACCUCAAGGGGCUCGUCAACCUCGACAUCGACAUUGUCUUUUUGCGCAGAAACGCGCAGGGGCUCGGCGAAGGCUUCGCAGAGGUCUUUGAAGAGGUUCGACAGACUCUCGGCGUCCUGCUGACCGACUCCGUCAACGAGUACGCGCACAACACGACGAUGCGACAGACAAAAUACUCGAAAGCGCAGCCGCUCAAAGUGGCUGGCAUUCUCGAGAGGAUAGCGCGCUACCAUUCUUCCAGGGGACCGGCAGAGGCCGAACUCGCGGCCAGGCGGAGCAGGGAGAGGGACGCAGUAGCGAGGCUCAUCCGUCGCUGA